AUGCGAAGUACACUUUUUUCCUCGUUAUUAACUCUCUUUCUUCUGAAUCUUUCUUUCUCUUUCUUGCCGACUACUCAAAACAAAGCAUUUGUACAUGUAUAUGUGGGCAUUCAGAUGACGUCACGAAAGCAGUCGUGGACGGAAAUUUGCCCGGACCGCAUUCAAAAACGAAUUUCCGCCUGCACAAGCACUGGUCUAAAGUUGGAGAGUGAGAAUGACCCCACAAAGUUUAUUGUAAUUGAUCGUAAUGGUAAAAGAUUCCGGUGCACUGUUGGAAAUCCGCAUCGCUGCUCUUGUUCGUCCUCACAGCCCUGCGUACACGUUCUUUUUUCGCUGGUCUCGUUUUUUAAGGUAGCACCGACAAACGCGUCUCUUUGGCAGAAAGGCGUCAGCGAAUUGGAGCUGAGUGAAUGGAUUGCUGGAAGAAUCGAGAAAGAAAAAUGCCUAUUCUGUCGCGAAACUGUUACAGAAGAAGGACCAUGUGAAAGGUGCGGAACGCGUUUUCAUAAACGUUGUUUGCAACUCGCAUCGACGGCCGGAAAAUGCCAAAUUAAUGCCUGUCCCCGAUGCACCGCAGAAUUGUCAAUAGAAGGAAAUUGCUCGUCGUUACGUUGCGAGAGCUGUCAUCGUGCCUGCCGUGAUGAUCACUACAGAUGCUUGUUGUGCGACUAUGUCCUCCUCUGCCCAGAGUGUUACAGGUCUUCAAACACGCACCCCUCUCAUCCUUUCGCACACCGAAAUGCGAACUCGUCGGUGCCGUUUUCACCUGCUUCUGAUCCAGUCAGCGUGGAGGAGAUGCAAUAUCGAGAGAUCAAUCCGGAAGAUUACGAGGUCUUAAUUUCACUGGACAGCGGUAACAACAAAAGGCUGUCGCCGCACGUGUUGUCAAGCUUGCCGCUUGUAGAGUAUGACACGUCGGACAGCUGUAACCAAUGUUGCCCGAUAUGUCAGCAUAAUUUUUCCACUCGUGAUCUUUGCCUUGUUCUUCCUUGCGGGCACAUAAUGCACCGAGAAUGCGGUCGCCGAUGGCUGUCGCAAUACAGUGAUGAAUGUCCGAUAGACCACCUAGUAGUGAAACACAGCUACUAUACAAAUCGAGCAAACUCGUCAAUGGAGAAGUAUGCGAAAAAUGAGGAAACAAGAAAUCGCUCUGCCACACAACAGCAGUCAAACUUGAAUAAAUUCUUUUUACCUCCCAUAAGACCUACAAGAUGA